AUGAGACUCGUCCGACAGCCGAUCCUGUUCUACGACAAGCCCAACAAUGUUGUGAGAAGAUACGGAGGUUGGCCAUAUGGCCCGGUAGACUUCGAUUCGGAAGUAUGGUCCUUCGAGGCAGGAUCAACCGUGGUCAACUGGGUGAAUAACACGUCUGGAGAUAUCGACCCUGCGACAAACGGCUUGUCCCUGGACUCUCAGGGCCCUUUUGCCUCUGCCAAUGCCUUCUCCGACUCAACCUUCUUCAACCUCGGUGGAAACAUCAUCGAUCCUGACAGUCUUCCUAAUAUGACCGUUUUAUCGGGUCUGGUGACGCAGGAUUUCUCGUCCACCACGUGGAGCAACCAAUCGACUGAUCUCGCCGACCAGAGCGGAUUCCGUACCCAGGCCCGCGCAGUCCAUGCCCCCAACUUUGGAGACGGCGGCUUUCUGGUUGUGGUAGGGGGAGAAGCUCCGCCUACUGAAGCGUCAGUCUACGAGACGGGCUCCGCCAUGGUCGACAUGUCUGUUAUAACUCUCUACGAUAUUGCCACUGCGACCUGGUUCACUCAAGAAGCUACUGGAGACGUCCCGCCGCCACGGUCAGAGUUCUGUGCUGUUGGAGCGGCCUCCAGUGAUGGUCGGUACUUUGAGCUCUUUGUCUACGGCGGCUCGACAAACAGCACUCUCGACCUCAACCAUGCCGACGAUGAGGGGUAUUUGAACGUCUACGCACUAUCUUUCCCAGCCUUUCGGUGGUUUAAGUCACCCGACUCGACUCCUGUAAGGCGAGCAUGCCAUACCUGUAGCGUCAUCGGCAACCGACAGAUGGUCUCGGUUGGGGGAAGACUGCCGAGUUCUUUGCAGACGCUGGGUCAAGAGAAGGACCCGUGGGCCAGUGGAAUUGGAGUUUUUGACAUGACCGAGUUUGCCUGGGCAGAUCACUAUGAUGCUGCGGCCGAGGCGUAUGAAUCUCCUGAUGUUGUCAAGGAAUACUAUGCCUCCAGCUACCAAGAGCCGUCCUGGGAUCCCAGUUCUCAAGCGCUCGCGUCGAUAUUCGCUUAUACUGCAAACAAGUCCUCCACCGACGCAGGAAACGCGACCUCCCCUGGAAACUCAUCAAUAUCCUCUUCGAACGGCAAUGGAACUCAUACCGCCUCUGACUCGUCAUCAGGUACCAGCCAUACUGGAGCGGUCGCUGGCGGUGUCGUAGGAGGCGUCGUUGGGGUUGCCGCCAUAGUUGGACUGCUAUAUUGGAUGGCGCACCGCAGACACAGCCGCAAAGCCCUCGAUGAGAAGGGGUACGAUCUCGAGCCGGUAACGCCAGUUGAAGCCCCUGCUUCAUCUACCAUCCAUGAAGCAGAGAGCAAGUCCAGGUCUGAACUCGACGGGCUGGCACCCAGACCAACCACGGUCUUCGAGCUGCCUGUGGAUGAUAAUGGGGCGGAGUUGAGGUCAGGCAGAUGA